GCAGGCAAAGCACCCACCAUCACUCGGAAUCCCAAAAACGCCGUUGCCGUGGCCGAUUUCCCCUUCGGCUUCGACAACCACGUCAAAGGAAGUAUUGUGUUUACCGCCAAGAGAAGGGGCAAAAUCGGUGUCCAUGUCGACAUGACCGGCUUGCCACCCUCUGGUGGUCCCUUCUACUACCACAUCCACGACCACCCCAUUCCUGAGGAUGGCAAUUGUGACGUUGCUGGUGGCCGUUUCGACCCCUACGACGGUGUUGAAGAUUGCGAUUCCGUAAGAAACGAUGCCUACUGCAGGGUCGGUGACUUAUCUGGCAAGCACGGUUGGAUCAACACCACGUGCUUCGAAACCCAGUACACCGAUCUGUUCUUGUCGUUGAACAGAAAGUCUGACUCCUACAUUGUCGGUAAGUCUGUGGUUUUCCAUUACGAAAAUAUGACCAGCUUUGCUUGUUCCAAUAUUGAGCUUGCGUCCCUGGCCAAAAUCGAGAGCAUGGUCAAAGCACAUCAAAUUGCUGACCCUGAAACUGUUGAUGAGCUCCAGAAACGUUCUCAGGAUGACUACAUCUUUGAUGAUGCCACUCUUAACGCAGACUUGGAGGCUGAAUUAGAACGUGAAUUAAAUCAUGAAUUA